AUGACAUCUGUGCUCCAAAACGUAAAGGCAACGAUGGCCUGUCGGAAACACCAGCUCCUAGCUGACUUCGAUGAGAAUGACAGCCCUGUACCUGACAAAUUCAAGAGACGGGCUGCUUUCACUUCUCUCAGUUCCAUCCGCAUGUCUUUACGGACGCGAGCACCACUAAAGCAAAUAGAGCUGAAUUUUCCUAAGACCCCUACUUGGAAAAGUCUGGAAGCAAGACAGAAGUGCCAAUCUCUUCAGAGUAUUAAAAGAACAGCAAAAAAUGCUUUUGGAAGAGUGUCCCAGAAAAUACAGAAGUCUUGCCAAAGUCCAGUAGACUCGAUGGUGACCUUUCCAGCUGAAUCCAUCAGCAGAAGCUGUUCUACCAAGAAAAGAAGCACUACACCUCAAAGCCCUUGCCAUAAGAAGAGUGUUACUCCAGCAGCCAAUUCCAAAGGCAGCAAAAGAGCCUUGCCUCGGCCAAAAUGGGUGUCAGAGCACAAAGAAUGGAGGGGUUUCUCAUCCUGGCUUGGUAAAGAUGCUGUCUCACUCCGGAGAUCAAGAAGAGCAGCAGCACUGAAGAGUCCUUAUUCAUCACCUGCUUCUGCCAGCAGAAAGAUAGAGUUUGACUGCGAGUUGGAGCUGAUCUCUUCAGGGAUUUGCCAAUUGCAGCAUAUCUCCCAGGCAUUUGAUGAUGCCAUUGUGCAAAAGGAGAGGCAACAUGCAGUAUCAAACUACUUGUCUAAUGGCACAAAGACGUUCUCAAGCUAUCAGAAGAUAGCAUCUGGGCAGUUGAGUUAA